AUGCGGAGAAGCGCGCGGAGCCGCGGCGCCGCGCUCCCGCUCAUCCUCGCGGCCGUGGUGUGCGCGUGCGGAGCCGCCACGCUGGAGUCGGUCCACUGGAACAGCUCCAACCCCAAAUUCAUUCCCGGUCAGGGGCUGCUCCUCUACCCUCAGAUAGGGGACAAGAUGGACAUCGUGUGUCCCCGGUCCGAGGCCUCCGCCGGGCGGAAUGGGGAGUUCUACAAGGUCCACCUGGUGUCCAAAGCCCAGAUGGAGAGCUGCACCGUCAACAAGGCGGACGCGCCUCUGCUGAACUGUGACAAGCCCGAGCAGGACGUGAAGUUCACGUUCAAGUUUCAGGAGUUCAGCCCCAACCUGUGGGGUCUGGAGUUCCUCAAGGGGAGGGACUAUUACAUCACCUCCACGUCCACGGGCUCUCUGAGGGGACUGGAUAACACCAUCGGAGGGGUGUGUCGGACCAGAUCCAUGAAGCUGGUGCUGAGAGUCGGUCAGAACUCUUCAGAUCCACUUUCAACACUGCAGGAGUCCCCAACCAGGUUCCCACCCACUCCACCCAAGUCCAAAGCCAACUCCUCCACCAAAGGAAAUAAAAAAGAUUUGGGCUCAGACUCUGGACAGUCCAGUCCCAGUGGUGUCUCUGAGCCAGGACUCCUCGUGUGGGUCAUCACCGGCUGUGUGGUCGUCCUUCUGCUCGUCGUCGUCGUCCUGUCGGUGGUGUGGAGGUACCACCAGCGCCGCAGUGCACCCGUCAGGCAGCAGCAGCCUGCCGCCGUGUCCCUCGACACCUUAACUGUGCCGAAGCGGGACAGCAUCAGCAGUGACAACGGUUCAGACCGCAGCAACGUCGUCUUCCCUCUGCGGUCCUCUGACAGCAUGAUCUGCCGUCACUACGAGCGCGUGAGCGGUGAAUACGGGGCUCCUGUGUAUAUAGUUCAGGAGAUAAUGCCUCAGAGUCCAACCAACAUCUACUACAAAGUCUGA